CUCGUCAGAGUCUCUCGGGACCCGUCCGUCUUCUCUGUCACGCUCCGCGAGCCGGCCGCGCUUUUCUUCGACUCUCGACUGUGCUGUAAAGGCCGAUCGUCCAAGGCAAAGGAUGAGCUGAUCCUUCCCUUUUUCCGCCGGUUUUGCAUACGAGGCGGUGACGACAACCGCGGCCGCAUGAUUCUUGGGGAUCGCCUCGAGUGCGUGGUGGUCGCACGGGGAAAGCCGAGGCGGCAGAAGCAGCAGCGAAGGAAGCGAAAAUGAGCCUGGCGGGCCCCGCGGCUUUCGUCGGCUGGAGCCUCAUACCGCUCCUCGGCAUCGGCUUCACCAUGUUCCGCUACAGCAGCAUCGAUCCCGAGUCCCAUCCCAUCAACCAGCGACAGCUGCUGCGGACAUAUGACUUCAUCGUGGUCGGUGGCGGCUCAGCCGGUGCUGUCUUGGCGAACCGGCUGUCCGAGAUUCCAGACUGGAAGGUGUUGCUGAUCGAGGCCGGGGGAGACGAGAACGAGGUGUCGGACGUACCGGCUCUGACGGGCUACAUGCAACUCUCGGAGUUCGACUGGAUGUACCAGACUGCGCCGCCGACCAAUUCGGCCUACUGCCUGGCGAUGGUCGGCGAUCGGUGCAACUGGCCCAGGGGCAAAGUCCUCGGAGGAUCCAGUGUCCUCAACGCUAUGGUCUACGUCAGAGGCAAUAGGCAUGACUACGACAACUGGGAACGAAUGGGCAAUCCCGGCUGGGGUUACGACGACGUUUUGCCCUACUUUCUCAAGUCCGAGGACAACCGCAACCCGUACUUGACUCGUACGCCUUACCACGGUACCGGAGGCUACCUCACGGUCCAGGAAACACCCUGGCGCACGCCUUUGUCAAUCGCCUUUUUGCAAGCCGGUUCCGAGCUGGGCUACAGCAACCGGGACAUCAACGGCGCCAACCAGACGGGUUUCAUGCUCACCCAGGCGACGAUCCGACGAGGCAGCAGAUGUUCAACUGCCAAGGCCUUCCUGAGGCCUGUUCGUAACCGAGCCAACUUGCACAUAGCUAUGAACGCCCAAGCGCUCAAGCUAACCUUCAACGAGGAUAAACGCGCCACCGGAGUUGAAUUCAUGCGCGACGGGCGCAAGCAACAUGUCAGAGUGCGACGAGAGGUGAUCAUGUCCGCUGGCGCCAUAGGUUCACCCCAACUUCUCAUGCUCUCAGGCAUCGGACCUAGGGAGCAUCUCGAAGACCUAGGCAUCCCCGUUCUCUCGGAUCUCCGCGUCGGAGACCACCUGCAGGACCACGUGGGCCUGGGCGGGCUGACCUUCCUCGUCAACGAACCUAUUACCUUUAAGAAGGACCGUUUCCAAACGCCGGCAGUCAUGCUCGAGUACGUGUUGAACGAGCGUGGUCCUAUGACUACCCAGGGCGUAGAGGGUGUUGCCUUCGUGAACACGAGGUAUGCCAACCCUAGCGGCGAUUUUCCGGACAUGCAAUUCCACUUUGCACCCAGCUCGAUCAGCUCGGAUGGAGGCGACCAGAUCCGCAAGAUCUUGGCGCUGAGGGACAGCGUCUAUAACACCAUGUACAAACCGAUCCAAAACGCCGAGGCCUGGUCGAUCUUACCUCUCUUGCUGAGGCCCAAGAGCUCUGGCUGGAUCCGACUCAAGAGUCGCAACCCCAUGAUCUACCCGGAGAUCGUACCCAACUACUUCACCCACAAAGAGGAUAUAGACGUCCUGGUCGACGGAAUCAGGAUAGCCAUGGAAGUGUCCAACUCCUCGGCUUUCCAAAGAUUCGGUUCCAGACCUCUGACCAUCCAAAUGCCUGGAUGCCAGAAACACCCCUUCGACACUUACGAGUACUGGGAGUGCGCGAUCAGGCAUUUCACCUUCACUAUCUACCACCCCACAGGCACCUGCAAGAUGGGACCCAGAAGCGACAAAACAGCUGUCGUUGAUUCGCGAUUGAGGGUCUAUGGCGUGAAGGGGUUGAGGGUCGUAGACGCGUCAAUCAUGCCGGAAAUAGUCAGCGGCAACCCAAAUGCGCCCGUCAUCAUGAUAGCAGAAAAAGCCAGCGACAUGAUCAAAGAGGAUUGGAGGAUGCUAAGGAGGGAAGCCGAAAGGUAGCAGCGCAUCGUUGAGAAUUUCGAUGUAUAAAGCGAAAUAUUGACUGGAUUGAUGAAAUGAAAAUGUUUGUAUGCAUGUGGUUAAUCUAUUCUGUGUGCUGUACGACUGUCUCCUUUUUCUGAGAGUAUAAGCGUUAUUUUAAUGAUCUUCACGCUACGAGUCAAUUUAGCAUUGGAAGUAUCGAAAGAGUAACUUCGUCGAUUGAAUCAAUUUUAUAGAUAAAGUUGAAGUAUGUGGGAGAACGGACACUCAGGACUUUCGUAAAUGAUAAGCUUAUAUGUUACGUGUGUACAGUUGUUUUCAUUGUUUUCUUUAUGUGUAUGUGAUAGAAAUUUGAUAAUGCCAUCGUUUCGUAAUAAAUUAGAUGAAAAAUUUUUCAUAACUAAUCGAGAGUGAAAACUUUCUUUUCUAAGAUUACGUCACGCUCAAUUUAGAUAACGAGUCAGUGUGUUUUUUAAUUAGUCUUGUGUUAAGCUAUAUUUUGAUUCUUCAGAUUACGAUCAAUGUUAGAAAGAUUGGGCAAUUAUGCGUAGCAUUUUUAAGAAUUUUAUACUUUGCUAAAUUUAAACUUCUCAUUGUUUAUGGAAAAGAAAUUUUGAAAGAAUAGAAUCAUAAGUUGCUUUCACCAUCUAGUAUUUGUUAUGGUCGAGACAUGAUAAUGAUGAAUCAGCAUUGAAAAGAAAGCUGGUCAUUUUUAGUUAUAAAAGAGUACGAAUGAAUGUCGUUAUUGCAGUCAGCUAUAUUUAUUAUACUAUACAAGUGUAAUAAUAAAACACAAUUUUGCAAGUUUCACAAGUCUCUCAGCAUAUUCUUCGUACGACAUUGAAAUUUUCUAAUUUGAAGAACAACAGAGCAAAUCCGAGAAAAAGCAUUUUUCUGUAUAAACUUGAAAUUUCUACGGAAAGAAAAACGAAUUUAUGGAUUGUCUUUUGUCACGAGCUCAUACCAAGAAAGGCUUUUAGCGUGACAUUUCACGUAGUAUGCGUAGAAAAUUGUCGAUUCAUUUCUAACGCUGACUCGCAAGUAUUUGUAAAUAGAAAAUAUGGACUUUAGCGUGUGCCUUAUAUACUUUACGUACUUUCUCGUGUCUCUUCAGCAAUCGGCUACGUUGAAAAUAUUUUAUUUUUUUACUAUUUAUGUUGUAAAUUUAAGACAUCUUGUAUAAAUAUUUUUUUAUAAAGUGUUGAAAUAAAAAUCAUCGAACAUA